CAUUCAGCUCUGCGACAAUUAUUCUCAGCUUAUUGAAGUUUUUUUGAAAGGCAAAAAAACAAAACAAAACAUCAAAAUAACAAUGAAAUCUUGUUGAAUACUUAUAUCUUUAAAUAAUGCGGAAAGAAGCAGAAUCCGAUAGAAGCAAUGGUCAAAUGGAUAAUGCGGCGGAAGAGAUGGUAACAUCUACAUAGACUCACGAUGUUACAAGUAAACAUUGAUGAUUGUGGUCUCUGUUAAAGUUAUGGAAAACAACCUUGAAAACAUGGAAAAAUCUUCAUUUAAUAUGUUGUGACUGCAUGGAGUCCCUAAAUCUGUCAUGAGACCAGCUACAGUGUGGGGUUAAACUUGAGAGCUGCAAUGUUUCUUCUAUUUGGUUAUCUUUCCAUUGCUGUUCUGCAGUGGAUACAGCAGUACCGACGAAAGAAACGCUACUCUGGUGCCAUGCUGCAAGCUCUGAAACGAGGCAGUGUUUUGAUCCAGAGAGGAAAAAGUGCACAGCAUGGAAGUGUUGGAGCCCUGUUGAACUCUCCAUUACUGUUGUGCCCUCAUUCGUAUAAAGAGACACGAAUCUAUUCAGAUGACAGUCUGGCUAUUUCUGUAGUGUUUCCACGGCAAAAAGUUGAUCUUAGUGAAUGGACUUCCUACCUAGAUGUCGGUCCUGGCAGUGACUCUUCAAACACAGUGGUUGUCUUGUUGGAGGCAGAAAAAUUUGUAAAAGUUAACUUUGUAACAGAUGCUCAAAAGUCAUUCCCAUCUGUUCCAGUACAUGUCCUGCAGCAUGGCUCUCCUGUAGCCUGGAAACUAGGUUCUCCAUUAGGUGUCAUACUUCAGUGCAGCUACAACAACUUUGUACUUUUGUGUGAUGCCUUUGGACAAGGACGACUUAUACUGGAUAAAGACUUUCAGUUGCAUCGAAUUUUGUCUGUGAGGCCAACAGGAAAACCUUAUACUUUGACAAAAGUAUCCCAAAGAAAGACGACUACAAACAGCAUAAGUAAUAUGAACCAGGAGGUGGAUGGGUGCAUUUUGAAGCAAAUGCCAGCUGUGACUGAAUGUAGCCAUGCACUUGUAAAUGGUGUUGACCACAAAAACACAAAGAAAAGUCAAAAAGCAGAAAAAGACUCUUCAUUACUAGCAUAUAGAAAUGAUUAUGCUAAAGCUUCUGAAAAUGGAAAAGAGAAGGGCAAGUAUCAUGGCAGAGAACAGAAUAAUGAAAAUCUUGUGCAAGAACAAUUCAAAGAAAUAUCUGCUGCCAUUAAACUGUCAGUGCCAGCCAUCAUACUGACUAAUGGAAACCACUCUGAACAGGAUGAAAAGCUUUCUUCUCACCUUUGCACAGAAAGUGAUUUGCUGAAGACAUGCAGUGCUGCUGAUACUGAUGGAGAGUUGCAAGAUCUUAUUCAUAAAAAAGACUUUGACAGCAAUUUCUCCCUCCAUCUCUAUGAAGAAAGAGCUGACACUAGAAAUAUAAGUGUUGAAAGAAAUGAAAAUAUUGCGUGUGAAGACAGUUCAUUUCAAAAUCAUACAAAAUUCAUGGAUAAUGCAGUUCCAGAAAUACCAGUUUCUCCCAGCAUUGAAGAAUAUGCAUGCCUGCAUUCAGCAGUUACUGCAGAAACUGGUAAUGUAUCCCAUUCAGAUUCUGCUGCAUUUAUCAAAGACUUGUCUGCUGGAAACAAGGGGGAUGCACUUUUCCCCACUGGCCAAAAGUUCAGUGGUAAGCCUCCAAAUAUACUUGUGUAUUGUGGAAAGAAAGACACAGCCAGAAAAUUUUAUGUGAUUAAAAGCAGCCUUGAGCAUUGCAUCAACACAGAAGCUUAUUCCAUUUAUCAUCUGCCUCAUGACCAGAUCUCCACCACUCCAUGGGCAGAAAAUGCUGCGGCACUUAUUAUCUCUGCUGAUAACCUUUAUGACAAUGCCUCUCAAUACUUUUCUGAUUACUUGUCCUCUGGUGGAAGGAUCCUUAGUUUUGGGAGUUCCAUAGAAACGAUAUUUGUGGAGCGCAGAGAAGUGCAGCAGAAUCCGUCAUUAACAAAAUUUGGAGUAGCUGAAUGGACAGAGGUUAAUGCAAUCCAGGGAAGAUUUCAGUAUGUUCCCGGAAGUUUAAAGAAGGGGGACUCCAGCAUGGAUGCUGUCAUCCUUGAUGACAAGACUGGAAACCCUGUAGUGGUACUGCUUACUGUGUCUUCGGUCGGUGGAAAUGGUCGAGCCAUAUUCUCUCAGUUAUUUCUAGAGUGUGACCCAACAGAAAUGGCAGUUGACUCACAAGUGUUCAGCCAGUUGAAACAAAGCAACAAGGAGAGGCUAGAAGUGAUACGCCACCUGCUUUCUCUUUUGGAUCUUGACAUAACUCCACCCCCUCCUGCUCAGCUUACUCCAUGUUUUCUUCUCACAGAAAACCAAACCCUCCUGACAUCCCUUUUAAAAUCUCUUGCUGGAAGAGUAAAGAAUGGAGUUAUUAAGUCUCGCAGUCUGAGUCUCCACUUUAUGGACAGAAUUUCUGGAGAUGUUAAAGCAACAGAUGAUGUUUUGCCAGUCAUAACUGAAAACCGCACAAGUAUUGUUGACAGCUCAACUACAAAACAUGGCUCCUUAAUCAGAUACUUUGAUCCCAAAGUCUACUGGUCUCAUCUGAAGACACAAGAGCUGGGGCGAAUCAUUUUCUACACUGAUGUUAUUACAACAACGAUGAAAGUUUUUGAAGGAUUCCAGUUUUCAAUACCUGAUAAUAUUGGUGUGAUUGCUAUAGCAGGCCGCCAGACAAGUGGAAAAGGGCGUGGGGGCAAUGUGUGGUUGAGCCCUCUGGGCUGUGCAAUGUUCACACUUCCCUUGAAAAUCCCAGCAGAGAGCCUACUUGGUCAGCGUGUCACCUUUCUUCAGCACAUGGUCACGCUUUCAGUUGUGCAUGGCAUCUGUUCUCUAGCUAACUAUCAGAACAUUGACCUUCGUGUGAAGUGGCCAAAUGAUAUUUAUUACAAAAACCAGAUGAAGCUUGGAGGUGUUCUUGUCACAACCACUAUUAUGCAUGAUAAUGUGUAUGCCACAGUUGGUUGUGGUGUAAAUGUAUCUAAUAGCAACCCAACAAUCUGCAUAAAUGAUGUCAUUCGCCAGUACAAUUCUGAAACUGGCUCAGACCUCAGCCUGCUGUCUCCAGCUGAAGUCCUGGCAAGGACUGUGUCUACUCUAGAAGACCUUCUUCAUGAAUUCCAGAGCAAAGGCCAUCAAGAGUUUUGUCAACUGUAUUACAAGUAUUGGCUUCAUGGAGACACAUAUGUUCAGAUGGAGAGUGAGGGAAAUGAAGAAGUCUUCAUCUGUGGCCUUGAUGACUUUGGCUUCCUUGAAGUGAUCACGAAACAAGGGAAGAAAAUUAGUGUGCAGCCAGAUGGCAACUCAUUUGAUAUGAUGCGUAACCUGAUUGCUGUAAAAAGGAAUUAGUUCUAUUUGGUAUAUUUUGUAGAACCAGAAUUCUAGUGGUGAUACUGUGUUAGGGAUAUGGAAAUUCAAACAGCAAUGAAGAUACAAAUGGAACAAAGGUUUUUGCUAUGCAGAAAAUCAGAUGAUGGAACUUGGAUUCCUUUCUCAAAGUUGAAUCAAAUUUUAUCAGACAUUUGGACUAGUUCUGUAUACUGAGCCACAUCAGAUAAAAUACUUGGUUUUUUGUUGUUAUUUUUUUAAUUGGAAGAGUGUGCAAUUACUGAUUUGUUAACAGCCUAUAGUGCUGUAGGUUGUAAUUUUUAAACUGUGUCAUCAAAUAAAAACUUACAUUUUUAUGUAACAUUUUUUCAAAACCACUUUAGUACAUAUCAUACAUUACAAUGUAUGUGGAAGGCUUAAGGUUUGUCAUUAGUAGUGGAGCUGUAGAAAUAACUGGCUGAUUCAACCCAAAAGGUUGACAUUCACCUCUCCUCUACACCCCACCCCUGCCACACCUUAUUCUAUUCUUGAAGUCGUUCUCAAGAACCCAAUCCUUAAUUCAACUUGCAUAAAAGCAGCAUACAUCUGGUGGUUAAAGGGUUAAAAACUAUACCAGACACUGGACAAUCAAGACAAAGGCCAGGCUGUGUACCGGUGUGCAUAUUUACUUAUUACUAUAAAUUACUAAUGCCAUUAGUAUAUUGGAAGAAUAGGGUGCACUUGUCUUGCUCAGAUCUGAAUCUUUUGUUUCUGUGUUGUAUUUUAUUGUUGUUUUUUUCUUUUAAAUGACAUUUACAUGAAAGUUUCAGUGUGUUUAUCGUAGACAUUUCGGUCAUAUUGUGCAAAAUAAUGUUCCAAUUAUAAUGAAAAUUAGCAUUACAAAUGCAUCAAACUGGUUUAUGCAAACUAUGGUGAUUUGAAUACAGAUUUUAAUCAAGAGACUGGUGAUGUAAAGGUGUGAUGCAUAAUUAAGCCUAAAAUGAAUAAUAGCAAUUUGAAAGGCUCUCUUUUCUGUUUGGUGAUUCUUACAAAGCUGUGACUUAGCAUGCCUUUUGGCGAAUCUGCAUCGUUUACUGAUGUUGAAAAGAGUUGUGCACUUUAGUCUUUUUUUUCCUUUCAAAAAGCAAAUGUUGUAAGCUUUCAUGUGUGUUUAAAAAAGCUCAGUCUUACAUAUGAUCUAUUAAACAAGAUCAAAAGGAAA